GUUCACUAAUCUCUUAACAUUACCUUAAAAAACCAAAAUUAUGGCCAAGAUCAAGAUCGGAAUUAACGGAUUUGGAAGAAUCGGACGCUUGGUGGCCAGAGUUGCUCUACAAAGUGAUGAUGUUGAGCUUGUCGCCGUUAAUGAUCCUUUCAUUACCACCGAUUACAUGAUUUACAUGUUCAAAUAUGAUAGUGUUCAUGGGCAAUACAAAAAGGAUGAAAUCAAAGUCAAGGAUGACAAGACUCUUCUGUUUGGCGACAAGCCUGUUAGCGUUUUUGGCAUGAAGAAUCCAGAGGAGAUCCCAUGGGGUGAAGCUGGAGCCGAAUAUGUUGUGGAAUCGACUGGAGUUUUCACUGAUAAGGACAAGGCUGCUGCCCAUUUGAAGGGAGGUGCAAAGAAGGUAGUCAUCUCUGCUCCAAGUGCAAACGCGCCCAUGUUUGUCAUGGGUGUAAAUGAGAAGGAAUAUAAAUCUGAUAUCACCAUUGUCUCCAACGCUAGCUGUACCACCAACUGUCUUGCUCCCCUCGCUAAGGUUAUCCAUGACAAAUUUGGUAUUGUUGAAGGCCUUAUGACCACGGUUCACUCCAUCACGGCAACUCAAAAGACUGUUGAUGGUCCAUCAAUGAAGGACUGGAGAGGUGGACGAGCAGCCUCUUUCAAUAUUAUUCCCAGCAGCACUGGAGCUGCUAAGGCUGUUGGAAAAGUUCUUCCUGCCCUUAACGGGAAACUAACAGGAAUGUCCUUCCGUGUCCCUACUGUUGAUGUAUCUGUGGUUGACCUUACUGCCAGGCUCGAGAAGCCUGCUUCUUAUGAUGAGAUCAAAGCUGCUAUCAAGGCUGAAGCAGAGGGAAGCUUGAAGGGAAUUCUCGGUUACACAGAGGAUGAUGUUGUGUCAACUGACUUUGUGGGUGACUGCAGAUCAAGCAUUUUUGAUGCAAAGGCUGGAAUUGCUCUGAACAACAACUUUGUGAAAGUUGUCUCCUGGUAUGACAAUGAAUGGGGAUACAGUAACCGUGUGGUUGACCUGAUCCGUCAUAUGUCCAAGUGCUGAGCUCUUGAGGCGACAAUGUGACUGGAAGACAAUGAGAUUUCAGUUACAAUUGCAAGCAAGAUUGAUUCAAUUUCAUGGUUGUGGAGUUGUUUCGAGAAUAAUUAGAACUAAUACUACUUAUUUUAUAUAGUAUAUCAUGUAACCAUGAAACUCUCUUAUUCACAAUUUUGAGUAAAUGCAAUGGUUUAAUAUCGUAUCUAUGAAUGGAUCAUACUU